GAACCAGGUAAUGGGUCCUCUUCUUCACGGGCCGGUUCCACCUCGAUCCAUCCUCUGUUCGGUGGCGGUGCGUGCCGUUGGCCGGGGUGUGAGCGUGUGUUCGAUGAGUUCGAAGACUUCUACAGCCAUCUGCAUUCGGACCACAUCAACGGUGACUACUCUGCUGCUCAGGCUCGCAUCCAGAUGGAAGUGGUCUGUCAGCUGCAUCUACAGCUGCAAAAGGAACGCGAUCGACUACAGGCAAUGAUACUGCAUCUGAACAAGAAGAACGAGAUGCUCCGUACACCGGCCGCCUUGUUCGGUGGUUCCUUUCUGUCGCAGCUGCCCGCGAUACCUCCGCUACCGGCCACCGCAUCCCAAACCGCUACCGUACCGCCAUCCGUCACUGGUCCGUUCGAUCUGAUCGCCGGUUUGCGUUUUCCGGCCGAACUAGCCGCUGAUAUGGUGCAGGGUGCGUUUGCGGCACGUCUACCCCACCAGCAGCAUCACGUGGGGAUUGGGUCUUCUGCAGGAUCGGUACAUCACCAUCUACACCAUCAUCAUGGUCCACAGCAGCAGCAGCAGCAGCAACAGCAGCAACACCAACACCAGCAACAAUCGUCAUUACAUUCGCUGUCACCACCUGUACCGGGUACGCAUCACGGCGCGGGACCCAUGCCCACAUCCGGGCAGGGUGGCGGUACAGGGAAAUCCUCCAAAGGUGGGGGAGCUGUGCGACCAAAGUAUUUUUCCCCGCAGGACAGCGAUGAGCUUAACUAUCCAGAUGUGCAGGACGAUGUGCACAAGAAUAGGGAGUUCUAUCGCAGCCACGAUGUACGGCCACCAUUCACGUAUGCGUCCCUCAUCCGUCAGGCCAUCAUCGAAUCUCCCGAGAAGCAACUAACGCUGAACGAAAUCUACAACUGGUUCCAGAAUACGUUCUGCUACUUCCGGCGUAAUGCCGCUACCUGGAAGAACGCCGUACGGCACAACCUGUCGCUGCACAAGUGUUUCAUGCGGGUGGAGAACAUUAAAGGUGCCGUAUGGACGGUGAACGAAGCAGAGUUUUGUAAACGCCGCCCUCAAAAACUUGGCAUCAUGCAGUUUAAGUUCCAGCAGCAGCAACAGCAGCAACAGCAUCAUCAACACCAUCCAAACACGUCGCAAUCCGGUGGAGGGCAUCAUCAGGGCAAGAAGAAGCAGACACCCCCUGCAGCGGCACUACCCGCAUCACCUGCCUCUCCACAGCAUCCGACUCACCACUCGCUGCCGGGAUCUCCUCGUGCCGGCACGUCAGUCGGAGCGGCCAUUGUGGCCAGUGUUGCCAACACGCUCAAGCCACCGCCACCGCCAUUCUUCUACAAACGAACGCAAUCCGCACCAACCUGUCGCUGCACAAGUGCUUCGUACGUUACGAGGACGAUUUCGGUUCGUUCUGGAUGGUGGACGAUCACGAGUUUCUCAAGCGGCGCCAUCUAUCACGUGGCCGACCCCGGAAGUACGACAUCUCGAUGCCACCGCUUACCGAUCCAACCACCGGUGCUCCGGUGUCCUCCCGUCCACCUGCAACCACCUCCACCGAACCACCGUCCGGUGGUGAGCAUGAGCUGCACCACGACGACACCAUGGCGGCCGGUGGUGGAACUGUAGAGAUUGGGUACGGCGGACCGGAGUACACCGGUGGCCACUGUACCGGGGUCGGCGAGACGGGUGGCAGUAAUGGUAGGGCGGCCGUACCCGGACCAGUUAGUGAGAAAGAGCUCCACACCAUAUCCUCCAGACGUUCGGCAGGGACUAAGAAGUCCGACUACAGUAGACGGUAAACGAAGCCACGCAUACUUCUACCGAGGGGGAAAUUACACGGGCUCAUCAACAUCGGUUCAUAGUCUGGUGGACGGGUAA